AUGUCUGUCCAGGAUAGAGCCCAGGCGCACCUUUCGCAGCUUGACAAGGAGCUUUCCAAGUACCCCGCCCUCAACAACUUCGAGAAGCAGACCUCCAUCCCCAAGGUCUACGCCAUUCUCGGACUCGCCGGUCUUUAUUUCUUCCUCAUCUUCUUCAACAUUGCCGGCGAGUUCCUUGUCAACAUUGCCGGUUUCGUCAUACCCAGCUACUACUCGUUGAACGCCCUGUUCAGCGCCAGUAAGGUCGAUGAUACUCAGUGGCUGACCUACUGGGUCGUUUACGCUUUCCUGACAGUCUUCGAGAGCGCCGUUAGCGCUGUAUACUGGUUCCCCUUCUACUACACCUUCAAGUUUGUUUUCGUCCUGUGGAUGGCUCUCCCUCAGACUGCUGGCGCCCAGAUCAUCUUCCGCUCUUUCAUCCAGCCCGUCUUCUCGCGCUACUUCUCAGAGUCUGGAUCCACUGCUGCCGAUCUCCGCGCCAAAGUUGACUCGGCUGGCAAGUCCCACGCUUCCUAA